AUGAAGUUCCACGUUGUGGGGGGUCCAUUGGCAUUUACCAUCUCUCUUGAGGCGAAAGACACCGACAGCUUCACGUCGAUCUUCAAGAAGGUUCAACAAGCUGCUGGGAAUGGGACGGCACUCGAUGCGUAUGACUUGUAUACGGCAACGCGCUCGCCGCUGACUGGAGAGCUUGUCGCGGCCAGCGGCCCUCUACGCCCCACAGAUACCCCAGCUACCCUUCACCUGGACUGUAAACAAAGUGAUCCACACCUCCUCCUACUGGUGCGAAAGGGUGUAGGCAACGAUCGUGGAAGUAUGCAGAACUCGCUGUUGUACAGCACCACCGCUGUAGGGGACGCUGGAAGUCAAGGUAGCGCCGCCACCGCAUCCACAUCACCGUCUCCCAUGUGCACGCCACGGACGACGGAGGAGUAUCGGCGCCGCAUGCGCGCCAUGUAUCUCAAGUACGACCCUCGUCAGCUGCACAAGGUCGAAGAGGCACUUCAUCUCUACCGCGGUUAUGAGGAAGACGUGCUGCAACAGCUGGUGAAGAGGUACGGGCCGGAGCCGGCAUCGGAGGACGUCGAUCCGCUGCGUCUCAGACCAACAGUAGUGCCGACGUGCGAUGCCGACGUGCAUGAGGGCGUGCCAGCGUUGUCUGCUUUGGCAAAGGAGGGCACUCCACGUAAUCAGCCUUCGUACUACGAUCGACUUGUAGCAAUCUACUCCACUUACGAGCCAGAGAAGCUGAGCAAGGUCGAUGGCACGUUGAGGCGAUAUGCUGGCCGAGAGGAAGAGGUGAUCCAGCAGCUAGUGAAAAAGUACGGACCGGAGAUAUCCACUGAGCGAGUGGCAGCGGAAAAGGCUUCGGCAGCGAUAAGCGAAUUGCCUGUACCAGCUUCUCACGCACUACUGCAGGAGUGGUCGGCAUCAGCGAGCGACGUGGAAGCCUCGCCACAUGCAAGCACGACCUCGCCUGCUGUCAAGGAACAGGCGGCGGAAGUGGUGUGGACUGCAUCCGAGGUCAAGGAAGGGGCCGCAUCGCCCAUCACUACCACCGUAACACCCGUAAAAGCAACGUUACCUGCAGCCCCAGCAGUGGUCAGUGCCGGUGAUGCCUUUGUCGAGGGGGUGCAGUCGUUAAACACCGGACAACACCCACCCGCGACGGCGGCGUCUUCACUGGCCGACUCUUUGCCGCGUCACGCAGCUGCCUCCACAGCUGUAACACCAUCAAACAGGGCGAGCGCCGCUAACUCAAUGGCAAUCAGUGGUAGUUACCGCGAGCGCCUAGUCGCUCUCUACCAUGCGUACAACCCCGCGAAGCUGCACACCGUGGAGGGCACAUUGAAGAAGUUUUCGGGGAAGGAGGAGGUGGCAAUUCAGCAACUCGUGCGACGCUACGGACCGGAGCCAGCCCCGCUAACAUCGCAGGAGACUUCUAGGCUGCUGACAACCGCGUCCACUGGCGGCGUGUCUAGAGCGUCACCAAGCGUCGGUCCAACUACCGAAAACGUGCCAGGCGACGCCACCUCGUCGACUAGAGACACAACGCCUGCCCCACCGGCGGAGCAGCGAUGUGAGGAGCCAGGUAACUCCCGACAGCAGAUCCUAGGGAUUCUUGCUGCCUAUGAACCGGAUAAAGUGGAUCGGUUAGACCGCAUACUGGACGCCUACAAAGGUCGGGAGGGCGAAGUGAUUUCAAAAUUAGAGAUGCGCUACGCCGCUCAGCGAGUCAAGAAUAGCGCUGGUGAGCCUACGGUGAGGAGAGUCGGCGCUUCGGCGGAUGCGGGGAGCUCCGCACCUGUUAUGUUCACUGCGCCGCCCAGUGCGGCGCCAUCGGUGGGUCAUCAGUUCCCCAGCAUAACUACUGCUCCGGCGGAGCCCGUAUCACUGCCAGCGCCGGCAUCACCGUCAGCGGCAGCACAGGUCUUAGCACACGGCGCGCCACCAAAGACGUCCACCACUGCGACCUCACACCCAUCGUCUCUUGCACCCACGGCCCCACCAAGUCAUUGGAACUCUCCGAAUGAUAGGUCGAGCCCUGCCGCACCGGCGGGAGUAGCAAGCACAGCUCCCGCUUCAUCUCUUAAAUCCGCGGUAGCUUUGGCUGAGAGGCCGCAAACUGCACGAUUAGAAACAGCGGUGCCGGCAGUCGCUGGGGUGCCACAAGCACAACAGAGCAAUACACCGCAAGGUACUCCGUUGCGGCUGAGGGCGCCACCAAUAGCGGCGCUCCGAGUGGCGGCGGCGCACCUGGAAGGUGUCGCGCUGACGUCGGUGCGAGAACGGUACUGGGCCACUUGGCGGGCGCAUCACACAAAGAGGAAAGCCGCUAUGCUGCUGCAGCAGAAGCUAUGGGUGGAAGCGUCAAGCAGCGCUGCCGGUCCCUAUCGCCUCAACGACUGUGUGGAGCCUGGGUACACGGUUGCGGACCUUGCGGUGGUGGUGGCUCAGGAGGAGCGAGGCGGCGGCAGCACGCAAGGCCGUGCCCUGUCUAGCGAGAUGCAGAUUGCAGCUCGGGCCCUGUUGGCAUCGCUGCGGCACUGCGUCGAGUCGCGAGUGAUCGAGGUGCAGUCCAGCGAGGAACGUCAACUGGCAGACGCGUUACUCACCCACUGGUCUGCCCCUCGAAACCUUGGCCCGGUCACUGACUCUUCUGAGCUAGCGCACGCGCUGCAUCAGGCUGCGCACUUCAUUCGCCAGAUCGAUGACCUCAUGACUGUCAUUCGCACCCAGGCGGGGCAGCUGCACCAGUUAAAGGCGCUUCAUCGGGAUGUACUCGGGCGCAUGGAGAACGCUCAAGCCGCCACACAGGCGCUGGAUAGGCUACAAGCGCAGCUGGACGCUGCCAACGAUAAUCGCCGUGCAUUAGAGCUGAAGCUGAAGCGCUUCUCAGCCGGCGUCACGGAGAACCACGCUGAUCGACCGCCGCCGCGUCGUGUCGUCUCUCCAGCAGAGGAACACAAAGAUGCCCAGAUUGCGAAACUUCAUCAAAAGUUGGCCAAAACACGCGUCUCACUCUUUUUGUCCAAACAGGCAGAGGAGAAGGUGAAGGUGCAGCUGGAGCAUAGUUGUGCUCGUGAGGCUCGGCGAAAGCACGAGGACCACCAUCGCUACGGCAGCAGUGGGCGAUACAGCACCCCGGGCUCUGCUCACACGCAGCCACGCAGUCGAUCUGCCAGGGUCGGCGAUGAUGCCAAUGCGUCGCUGUCCAACACACCACAGCGGCGCUAUACCCCGGUGUCCACUCCGCGUGGCGCGUUCUCGUACGCCAUUGCCCAUGACACACCGCGUCGUCAGUCGACCUCGCAGAUUAGAGUGAACGGACGUGCUGUCUCCUCAAUUCGCAGACCGGAUGCUGUUAGCGCGGGGCAGGAUCGCACAAACGCGUCAAUUAACAGCAGUACGCCGUGGCCCUCCUCGCGCUACGUAAUGCCGUCAGCGGAGAUCGAGCGGGGACCAUGUCCCAGCUGCCUUACCCCGCUGACCUCGUGCUGUCCUGAGGAGAACGGUCCCGCGGCGGAGAAGGCAGCGUUUUGCUUCAGCUGUCACCGCUACUUCACCUUUGGAGAGCUGCGGACGCGCGAUUGA